AUGACCACUGCAUACGUGCUGUUGCUACUACAGAAAGUUUUUGUCGAUGAAGCUGAAGUUGUACUGCCUUUUACUGCUACAAUAUCGUCGUCUCUACGAAAGGAACAUCAGAUCCUUCAACAGCUUAUCGGUUGCCCCAACAUUGUUCGGUGCUUUGGUGCUUUCACCAGCGUUCGAAGGGGUGGUCAAGGAAACGUUUUCAACCUGUUUCUUGAAUAUGCUUCAGGAGGCAGCCUGUUGGAUUUGAUGAGGGAUUAUGGAGGUAAAAUACCUGAACGAGAUGUUAAGUGCUAUGCAAGGAUGAUACUGGAAGGGCUGGUCGACAUUCACAAGAAAGGAUGCAUUCAUUCUGAUCUCAAGCCAGGUAACAUUCUGCUUUUUCCUCCUCAAGAUAGUAUUGGCUUGAAUACUUUAAAGAUUGCGGAUUUUGGGUUAGUUAAACAAUAUGGGGUAGAAGAUAAAAGGAUGUGGGAAUAUGGUUUUCGAGGCACAGCAAUUUAUGUCUCCUGA